AUGUAUUCACAACCGAUGAUGCAGUAUCGACUGGCUACAGAAGCGUUGGACUACGUUUGCAACGAAGGGCUUUACGGUAUGCUUAAAAACUGGGACUGUCUGGUGAAGGUGAUGGCGAGUCGUGAAGUGAUCAACUGUGAAAAUGAUAUGAUCCGAAACAAUGGUGCUGACUGUUCACAAUUUGGUUUUUUUAGAAACUUGAAUGAGUACAUGCAGUGCACGAAGUAUCCAGUUAUAAGUGAGUGCGGUGAUGAAGCAUGGCAAGAAUUUUCGGAAACUGCCAAGCGACAAGCUAGAGUCUUCCUACCUUUCUGUACAUUGGCAGGCUUCAGAGGCGUAUCGUCAACUGUCAUUGUCUUUGUUUCUUUAAUCUUGGCAUACGCAUGGAAAUCAUUGUUUUGA